GUUGCGGAUUUCUGGAGAAUGAUUUGGGAAACUAGUUCUAAAUCCAUAAUUAUGUUAACACAAUGUUUUGAAAAAGGCAGAAUACGAUGUCACCAGUAUUGGCCUGAGGACAACAAGCCAGUGUCUGUAUUUGGAAAUAUUGUAAUCAGUAAGAUAACAGAGGACAUUCAGGCAGAUUGGACUACACGAGAACUAAAAAUUGAAAAGGAUGGUGAUUAUAUGAUGGUGAGGCAUUUCAACUUUUCUUCUUGGCCUGAACAUGGAGUUCCUGAGUGCAGCACAACUUUGAUUCAUUUUGUGAAACUAAUUCGAGCAUCCAGGGCCAAUGAUAGCACACCUAUUGUUGCACAUUGCAGUGCUGGAGUAGGCAGGACUGGAGUCUUUAUUGCACUUGAUCACCUUAUACAGCAUGUGAACCACCACGACUUUGUGGACAUUUUUGGAUUAGUGGCAGACUUACGAAAUGAACGAAUGUGCAUGGUGCAGAACUUGGGGCAGUACAUGUUUUUACACCAAUGUGCUGUGGAUCUCCUGAACAAUAAAGGCAACAGUCGUUCACUGUGGUUUGUAAAUUAUUCUGCUUUGCAAAAAAUGGACUCCCUGGAUGCAAUGGAAGGUGAUGUGGAAUUGGAGUGGGAAGAAACAACCAUGUGAUUCUCGAGCACUGAUGAAUUAGAAGGUUUCUGUGAAAUGAUUUCAGAAAAUGAACAUGGAAGCUUCUAUGAAAAAGGGCCAAAAUUCACCUAUAAAUAGACUUUUUCCUCAAAUUACCAGACUGAGCAAUUUCUUUAUCACCACUGUGUCUGAAUGAAUUACUACCAAAAUUACACUUUUGUGUUUGGAUUGAACAGAUUCUAAUUUACAUAAUAGUCUAUUAUUGUUUGCAUACAUUCUGAGUGUCCAUUUUCAUUACUGAAUGUUGAUGGCUUAUUUUUACUCUUUUAUACUUAGUUUUUUUAACCUAAAGUGAGCCAAACAUGAUGUAAAGUUUAAUUUUUUUCAUGGCACUUUGUUGCUUUUUGAUGAGUAAAUUUGAGUUUGCAGUUGGAUUUGUAAAUGUCCAUUUGCGUUUAGUUUUGAAUUAAAUAUUACUUUUUUUGAGUUGUC